UUCAACAAAAACUCUAUUCCACAAUCGAAUGCGGAAUGUCGUAAGUGCGACUACCUACUUGGUGAAACAAAAUCAAAAGUCCAAAGGCAACAUUACGAACGAAGGCAAACAACAAAAUGGAGCGCGAAACCAGAGAAAUGGCGAUUCAAAACAUCAAACUCAUUCAACCAUUUGAUGGUGAUCGAAACUACUUAGCACUCUUUAUUCAAGGGGUCGAGGCGAUCAUGCCACAGUCUCCUGUUAUAUCGGAAGAGACGAAAGUAUUCUAUCUACACUGUGUCAUAAAAAUACUCAGAGGCGCUGCAUUGGACUCGGUUAGGCGAGAGCAACCACCAGAUUGGAUGAUGCUGAGGCUGUUACUUAUAGAUGAAUUCGGAGAACACACGGCAGUUUCAACACUAAUUUUAGAAAUAAGCAAUAUUAAAUUUAAAAACAAUGUUAAGCUACUAUGCGAAGAGAUUAAUUUAGAAGUUUGUAAAGUAAAGGAUGUUAUCAAACUAAAAAAUGAAAUUUGUUCAACUAAAAUAUUUUUGUAUAAUGAAUUAGAUAAGAUAAGUUUGAAAACAUUAAAAAGAGAAUUGCCAAACUAUUUAACUGCGUUAAUAAACGCAAAUCUUGCUACCGACCUUAUAUUAAAAGAAAACGAUGUUUAUGAAAAUAAUAAACAAUUUUCUAAACAAAAAACAAUUCAAAGAACUAACGCAAAUUCGAAACUACCUAAUUAUAUGAAUAACAAUAAUAAUAGUAAUAUAGAAUAUUUUGCAACCAAUACGAAUCAAUUUCCAGUUCGUUCCAAUUACAACACUUUUUCAAAAAAUUACCCAUUGUCCAAUCAAAAUAAUUAUUAUAAAAAUAAACCAUUUUUCAAUGAACAUAGCAAUCAACAAUAUACUUUACAGAAUAAUCAUUUCUCACAAGUUAGGCAUACACCUUUCAAUUCUGCAAACAUUUAUACUAAUAGAAACUUAAAUAAUUUAAAACAAGAUAAAAUUCAUGGGUCAAACCAAUCUCGAUUAAGACGCUUUGGCUAUCCUGAACCAAUGGAACAAGAUGAGGUAAAUUUUCACUUAACAGCCUCGGAAGGCCCCCCACAAUUGAAUUGAAAUUUAAUAAAAAAUAUUAUAAAUUUUUAGUCGACACAGGUUCAUCAGUUAGUUUAAUAAAGCCUGGAAUAUCCAACGAAAAGAUUAUUUAUGUUCAGCCAAUAACAUUAACAACAGCAAUAGGAAAAAUUUGUCUAAAUGAAACCCAAGAAUUGUUUAGCGAUGAACAUAUGAAAAAACUGAAAUUUUUCGUUUAUAAUUUUUCGAAUAACUACGACGGUUUACUUGGUUAUAAUAUACUUAAGCUACUUAAAGCUAAAAUCGAUCUGGAAAAAAAUACGAUACAUAUGAAUGGUGUUCGGUAUAACUUUUUCAAGAAUAAAUCAAAUUCUGUAAAAUUUGAUAAUUGCCUACAAGAAUUAAAUAUGAACGAAAAUCAUAACACUAAAGAUAGUAAACUUAGACUUGAACAUUUAA